CAGUGCGGGUGUGGGUCCGGGAGGCCUAGGAUUCAGGGGGAGGCUCCGCCUCCUGCUUCCACCCCGCUGCAUUGGCAUCAUUAGUGCAGACGCCAGCUGGCAUCCUCGGUGGCAAGGCUGGAAAGGCGAGUCUGGCCCCGAGUGGGUAGUGGGGAGAAGCUGCUGGGCAUUGCAUUGGAUCCUCGUUCUCGGGCAUUGUGUGGGCGCGCUGCUGGACGUUGGUGUGAGUGUGUGUGUGUAUUGUGCAGGCGGGGGCGGGGAGCCGUGCACGACCUCCCAACUUUGCAGCCGCUCUGCAGCACGGCGCCGCUUCCCCAGCGGAGGGAGAGGGGGCUGUGCUGAGCGAUGCUCGGCAAGGCUGAGCGCCCAGUCCUUCCGAGAGGAGAAGCGGGGGUGGCCGCUUUUUCAUUUUUUUGGAGGUGCGGGACCAUGAGCGGCACUACCGGAGACUCUUAACGCCGCGGAGCCUGUUUUGCGGGAUGCCGGCCCAGGCUGCCCCUUAGGGAAGGGACGCCCGGGCAUCAUCAUCCCCCACCCCACCCCCCUCCACCCCCUGUGAUUUUUGAUUAUUUUUGCAUUUUGCUCCCCGGAAGGCGGGGGGGCUGAGUCGAUGGCGAGCAGGCGGAGUAUCGAGCUGGAGCAUUUUCAGGAGCGGGACAAAAGGCCGCGCUGGGGGGUGCGGCGGGGGGCGGGCGGGUCGUCGGGGGGCUCCGGGCCCGGCAGGGGCAACGGGCUGGUCCCCAGCCCCGCGCACAGCGCGCACUGCAGCUUCUACCGCACCCGGACCCUGCAGGCCCUCAGCUCCGAGAAGAAGGCCAAGCGGGCCCGUUUCUACCGGAACGGCGACAGGUACUUCAAAGGCUUGGUCUACGCCAUCUCCAGCGACCGCUUUCGCUCCCUGGACGCGCUGCUGAUGGAGCUGACCCGGGCCCUGGCCGACAACGUGCACCUGCCCCAGGGCGUCCGCGCCAUCUACACCCUGGACGGCAGCAGGAAGCUCAGCAGCCUGGACGAGCUGCUGGAAGGUGAAAGUUAUGUGUGUGCAUCCAAUGAGCCUUUUCGCAAAGUUGAUUACACCAAGAAUGUUAAUCCCAACUGGUCUGUGAACAUCAAGGCUGGAUCCACCAGAUCCUUGACUUCUCUGACCUCCACAAAAACUGAAGUGAAGGAAAGCAAAGAUUUUAUCAAGCCAAAACUGGUGACUGUGAUUCGGAGUGGAGUGAAGCCUCGGAAAGCCGUGAGAAUCCUUCUAAAUAAGAAGACAGCCCAUUCUUUUGAGCAAGUCUUGACUGACAUCACUGAAGCAAUUAAGUUAGACUCCGGCGUUGUCAAGAGGCUCUGUACACUGGAUGGGAAGCAGGUCACUUGUCUGCAGGACUUUUUUGGUGAUGACGAUGUUUUCAUUGCAUGUGGACCUGAAAAAUUCCGCUAUGCCCAAGAUGACUUUGUGCUGGAUCACAGUGAAUGCCGUGUCUUGAAGCCUUCAUAUUCUCGUUCCCCUGGUGCUCGAAGGCAUUCUGGAUCCAAAAGCCCUGGACCUUCUCGUCGCAGCAAAUCACCUGCAUCAGUAAAGAGGGGUGGCCACUACUACGGUGCACAUUCUACUGCCAAAUCCCCAGUCAAUGGAACUCCCAGCAGCCAGCUUUCAACUCCCAAAUCCACAAAAUCCUCCAGCUCCUCACCAACCAGUCCAGGAAGUUUCCGAGGACUCAAGAUUCCUCCCCCCUGUGGGUCGUCUUCCACUGUGAAUGGUGGGCCUGAACCAUAUCCUUGCCUGAGUCCUGAAGGUGUGAAUGGAAACAAAUGCUUAGGAUCAUCAACUAUACUUGAGAAAUACAAAAUUGGGAAGGUGAUUGGUGAUGGCAAUUUUGCUGUAGUGAAGGAGUGCAUAGAACGGUCCACUGGAAAAGAAUUUGCCUUGAAAAUUAUAGACAAGGCCAAAUGUUGUGGGAAGGAGCACCUGAUUGAGAAUGAAGUAUCAAUACUACGCCAAGUGAAACAUCCAAACAUCAUCAUGCUAAUCGAGGAAAUGGACACUUCCAGUGAGCUGUAUUUGGUGAUGGAAUUAGUCAAGGGAGGCGAUCUUUUUGAUGCAAUCACCUCUUCAACCAAGUACACUGAGAGAGAUGGCAGUGCGAUGGUCUACAACUUAGUCAGUGCCCUGAAAUACCUCCACAGCCUCAAUAUCGUACAUCGAGAUAUCAAGCCUGAAAAUCUCCUGGUAUGUGAAUAUCCUGAUGGAACCAAGUCUUUGAAGCUGGGAGAUUUUGGGCUGGCUACUGUGGUCGAAGGGCCUUUGUACACGGUCUGUGGUACACCUACUUACGUGGCACCCGAAAUUAUUGCUGAAACUGGCUAUGGUUUGAAGGUGGACAUUUGGGCAGCUGGUGUCAUCACAUACAUCCUACUAUGUGGAUUCCCUCCAUUCCGCAGUGAGAACAAUCUUCAAGAAGAUCUCUUUGACCAGAUCCUUGCUGGAAAGCUGGAGUUUCCUGCCCCUUACUGGGAUAACAUCAGUGAUUCAGCAAAGGAAUUAAUCAGCCGCAUGCUACAGGUAAAUGUGGAAGCUCGAUAUACAGCAGGGCAGAUCCUGAGUCAUCCCUGGGUUUCAGAUGAUGCUUCCCAGGAGAAUAAUAUGCAGGCAGAAGUAACAGGUAAACUAAAGCAGCACUUCAGCCAUGCCCUGCCCAAACAGAACAGCACUACCACCGGGGUCUCUGUUAUCAUGAACACGGCUCUAGAUAAAGAGGGGCAGAUUUUCAGCGGCAGGCACUGUCAAGAUGCUGGCCGACUUGGCUUGGAGCAAACCCUCCCCAUUCCCACUGCAGCUGAGGAUCUUCCAGGGCCUGAACCUGCAGCUCCCUCCCCUGUUUCACCUGAGCCUCGCCAGGGCCCCAGCUCUCCUCCUUCGGCGAGCUCCGAACGGGCUGGGGAGUGGCGCCGUCUGCGUGACUGACUGGUCGUGAAGUGGAACCCAACCUCUGCCCUCUGCAGUAUCACAAACACAAUUUUUUUCCUCGCCUCCUCCCCGGCCCACUUCAGGGACAGAGGCUCUCGUCUUUCCCUGGGGCGACUCUGGUUUGUUUCGCAGUCGGGUGGCACGCCGAGAAGGCUCUCGAGGGCCAAGUGGUCCCACUGGGCGGAGGCUGGGCCCCAGGGUGUGCCAGCCAAGGUUCGUGGUACUGCCGCAGCCCUCGGCUCCGCUCCCAGCUCUUGGAAGCAUUUGCGCUUCCAGCGGCGGUAUAGGUGUUUGACUUUUUUUAAACCACUCAUUUCAUGUUUAGCUUAAACCGUUUCCCCCUCUCGUCAUCAGAACACAUCCAUUUUGCUAGCGUAUUCACCAAGCUUUUAUACAGAUGCAAAACUCUCCUGGGCAGAAGAACAUCUCCUCAAAAGCUGUAGAACAGCAUCCUGAUGCUCGCUGGUUGGGCAUGUGCCUCUGGCUGGGACUGCAGGCGCUUGGGUCUGGAUUGAAGGAUUUCAGACCGAUUCAGGACUGAAAAGAGGUGCAUGUGAGAGUUGUCUGAGAGGGCAACGCAGAGACUCUUCGUCUUCAGAUCACGUCCCCAAAUUCCACGCAUAGAGCCGCAGGGCUCGGAUGAUGUAAGUGAAAAAGCAACGCCAGAGCUUAGGGUACAGGAUAACCUAUGAAAACAGGGACUAUUUAUUUGUACAAAGACUCCAGGGAAGGAAGGUUUUUCUUUCCUAGACACUAUGGAUUGUUCCUCACCUCUUUUUCCCACAUCUGCCUUCCCUAGGGUCUCUUAGAAAAACGCCAAUGCCUCUGGACUGAGGCUGUGUGAAUGAGAGGCUGUUUGCUGCCACCUAAUUCAGAGCCAGGGCAUUUCCUCCUCCCGCAGCAAGCUGGCUCAUCGAAGAGAUGCCGCAACUAAUCAACACUAAGUAGCCCCCAGACUCCUCUUCCUUCAUCCUGCCUUUUGUCUUGUACAAAAGCGGGUGCAGGGAAUAGCCAUCGGGGAGAAACUGAUCCCCAUUGGGCAGAUAAUGGACGGAUGGGGUGGAGGUUUUUCCUUCCUUUCAUCAUCCUGAUCUUUUUGCUCUGUAAUCUGCUUUCUUGUUUUUCUGCUCCUCUCCCCCAAGGGAGGGCUCGUAGCUCACUCCCCUUGGCAGCUAGCUCUUACUUUCUAUUAGAAUGAUAACAGACCUGCAAUAAAAUAUUUCUUCUUGAAGAAAAAGCAGGGA